AUGGCGGCUCAAGUCCUAGAGAAAGAGCCUGCCCAGGAAUUGAGCAGCACCGAAGCAUCCACUGCCGAAGUGAACAUCAAUUCCCAAAAAGAGAGCCAGGUUUUGGACAGUCAGCGAACAUCGGACGAAGAAAAUAACCUGAAAGAGGAAGCCCAAGAGCAAUUGCCUCCUCGAGAUAUCCACGGCUGGAAAUGGAUUUUGGCAGUAACGGCCAUUCUGUCUUCCAUUUUCUACUAUGCACUCGACAACACAGUCGUGGCCGAUAUCCAGCCAGUCAUUAUAUCUGACUUUGGCAACGUGGAUAAAAUGACCUGGCUGAGUGUUGCGUUCCUCCUUGGCGCCACUGCAACCAACUUAGUCUGGGGUAGGAUCUAUGGUCAGUUCAACGCGAAAUGGACAUAUCUCCUCAACGUUGCGGUAUUUGAAAUCGGUUCGGCUAUUUGUGGUGCGGCACCGUCGAUUCAGGUCAUGAUUGUUGGUCGAGCGCUUUGCGGUGUUAGCGGAUCAGGAUUAUACGUCGGUGUUAUGACUCUUCUGGCUACGACGACCACGAUAGCAGAGCGUCCAUUGUAUAUUGGAGGCACGGGUCUCACAUGGGGCGUUGGAAUUGUCCUCGGUCCUAUUAUUGGCGGAGCUUUUAGUGAUUCUUCAGCUGGUUGGAGAUGGGCCUUUUAUAUCAAUCUGUGCAUUGGUGCAUGUGCUGCACCAGUCUACCUGUUUCUGCUUCCCAAUAAGGACCCACGCCCUGGAGUGUCCAUCAAAGACCGGGCGAGAGAACUCGACUUUAUCGGCUCUUUGCUCUCUAUCGCAGCUUUUACUACAGGCAUUAUGGCUAUCUCUUGGGGUGGCAUGACCUACCCGUGGAAUUCGGGCCCUGUUAUUGGGCUCUUCGUCUGCUCGGGUGUUCUUUUUAUCAUUCUCGGUAUACAACAGGUUUGGACAAUUGGGACCACUGUUGAGCGACGCAUCAUCCCGGUUGAAUUCUUUGGCUCCCGCACCGUCUUGAUUCUGUUCAGCGCUACUGCAGCUGCCGGAGCCGCUGCGUUCGUCCCGAUCUACAUGGUUCCGAUUUUCUUCCAGUUUACACGAAAUGAUGCUGCACUAGAAGCUGGCGUACGCCUAUUACCAUUCAUCAUUAUCAUGGUUGCUACGAUUUUUACAAAUGGUGCUCUUCUCGCCAAGUGGGGUCUCUAUAUGCCCUGGUACACUGCUGGCGGUGCCCUAACACUGACUGGUGGUGCUUUGAUGUACACUGUCGGGCUGACAACGUCCACCGCUCACGUCUACGGAUACACUGCCAUCACCGGGCUUGGUGUUGGAUUAUUCAUCCAAGCUUCUUUCUCAGUUGCCCAAGCGGUGGUUACUCCAUCACGCGUCCCCGCGGCAGUCGGUUUUAUUACUCUUGCCCAGUUCGCUGGUAUCACUAUUGCCAUGACCAUUGCCAAUAGUCUAUAUCUCAACGGAAGCGAGACUCGAAUUGCGGAAAUCCUUCCUAACGUUUCGAAGGAAGAGAUUCAACUAGCCAUGACAGGUGUUAAAGGAACCUUCUUGGACUCAUUGGGCCCAGGGGUGAGCCAGGAAGUCUUGACAGCAAUCGUGGAUGCCAUCAGCAAGACAUACGCUCUUGAAAUUACCGCCGGGGCACUAGUUUUCGUCUUGAGUUUUCUUAUGAAGAGAGAGCGUCUCUUUGUGGAAAGUGCCGCCGUUGCUGCUGCUUAG